AUGAGUAGGCAUUUUCUCUCUACUAACUCCUUCUUUCUCUUUUUCAAUUUCUUUCUUGUUAUUGCCACGGUAAAGUAUUUGGGAGAAUGGAAAGUGUCAUUUGAUUUGGAUAAAAAUAUAAUUCAUUGCUCUUGUUGUAAAUUUGAGACAUUUGGCAUACUUUGUUGUCAUUGUCUAAGAGUCUUUAUUCAUAUGGAUGUUAAAUCAGUGCCUGAGCAAUAUAUCCUGAAGAGGUGGACAAAGUUAGCAAGAAGUGUGUCUUUACCUAAUGUUAGUGUUCGUCAUGUAGUAGAAGAUGCUCAAUUGACUUCAACACAACGUCAUAGAGACAUUUUUCCCCGUCUUAUGAGGAUAGUUGAUGAAGCAUGUAGGAGUCAAGAAACAUACACGUUGUUGAAAAAAGUUACUGAUUUAUUGGACAAGGAAAUGUUAGAGUUUCAAAAUAAACAAGUAAGUAAUACUCAAGUUAAUGAGUUCCUUAGCAAUGUUAUAGAGAUUGCAAGAAACAAUGAUGAUUCAAUACAAGUAAAAGGGUUCAAGAAAAAAGAAGGUAGAAAAGGUUCAAAGCGUUUGAAAGGAUCGGUAGAACGCCAACUUAGUAAACGGAAGAAAAAGGGUGACUCAAGUGCUUCACAAGAUCAAGAGCUUACUAAGAAUAAUGAGAGUAAACAAGGUUCAAAAUUUGUGAAGGAGAGGAUAGAGUACAAUUUAGAAGUGCCUAAUAUAAGUGCAUCCACAUGGCUUAAUGAUGUAUACAAACAACAACAAUCUAUGGAAAUCAAUGGCAUUUCAAGUCAAGUUAGUGUUACUAGUUUUACUAGUUUAUUGAUGGCACCACUUUAUGGGGAUAUCACAACUUUGACCAAUCCAUAG